UAAUGUAAAUAUUGCUUGCCGAAAAAAAAGACGUAUCAUUUUCUUCGCAGUGAAAAUCACAUAGAAUAUUGCAAAAAUAUCGAAAUUUUUUAAUAUUACAAAGCUAAAAGGCUUGAAUUACUUUAUAAGGCAUAACUGGGAAAAGAAAAAUGGGGAGCCUAUUUUCAAAAAGUAAAAAACAAAGCCGCGUUACAGAACAAGACAAAGCAGUUCUGCAAUUGAAACAACAAAGGGACCGUCUAAAACAAUAUCAAAAGCGUAUAGAAUUGUCUCUGGAAAGUGAUCGGCUGUUGGCCAAAAAAUGCUUGGCCCAAGGCCGCAAGGAACGUGCAAAGUUGUUGCUGCGCAAGAAAAAGUAUCAGGAAACAAUGCUGGCCAAUACCGACAAGCAACUGGAGAAUUUGGAAAAAAUGGCAUCCGACAUUGAGUUUGCCCAAGUUGAGGUUCAAGUCAUUGAAGGUCUCAAGCAGGGCAAUGCUGCUCUCAAGAAAAUGCAUGCCAUUUUGAAUAUCGAUGAAAUUGAAAAGAUCAUGGAUGAAACACGCGAGGGAAUCGAAAAGCAACAAGAAAUCGAUUCUAUACUCACGGAUGUUUUGACUUCGCAAGACGAAGACGAUGUCUUAGCUGAAUUAGACGCUUUGGCCGCCGAGGAGGAUGCAAAUGUUGCCGUUUCACUGCCAGAAGUUCCCAGCGAUAAUUUGCCCGAAGCCGAAGAAGUGGCCAGCGACGAAGAUGACGAAGUCAAAGCCAAGGUGGGCAAAGUGAAAGAAAAGCCCAAAAGGGUUCUUGUGGAGGCCUAGUAUUGCGUCGACUGAUAUGGACAGGAAGUCAUUUAGAAUUACGCUGUAGUUUUGUGUAACGUAAUGUUUUAUUCUUUUUGUUUUGCUAGAUAUGUAUUUUUAAAUAUUUUUUUUAAGCUAACAAAUAUUGAAAUUUAUAUCCCACAGAAUGUAUGUGUCACGUUUCGUAAAGAAAGGAAUAAAUAAUCUAAAAGAUAA